AUGGCUUUAGGAGUUUUUCGCAGUUGUCCUGUAUACAGUAUUUAUAAUCUUGCCGGUGAACCUAUUCCCGAUAUAAAAAGGCUGGAAUUACAUCUCAAAUAUUUAGCAAGAUCUUCAAAAUCAAAUAACACCAUUCAUGAAAAAAACAACCCCCUCUGCAUAAAAGAGAUGAAAGACACUAACCUUGAUAUAACGCAAAUUAUAACCAAAGAAAAAAUUUCUCAACCCCCUUGGGCCAGCUCAUAUCUAAUUAAUACUGAACUCAGCUGUCUUUUCAAACACCAAACCUCGCCAAAUAUUUUCAAAAGUUUCUUUAAAAGCAUUAUAAGUAACUACAAAGACUUCCAGGAAGUAUACACUGACGGUUCAAAAACUCACGAAGGUGUAGGAUUCUCGAUUAUAUUCCCAAAUAAAAAAAUUAUACACAAACUACCUUCGGAUUGCUCCAUAUUCACAGCCGAAGCUAUAGCCAUCCUUAUGGCUAUUGAGGCUAUAUUACAAGAAGCUCAUUCGAAAUUCAUCAUUCUCAGCGAUUCAUUGAGCACUAUAAGAAGUCUGCAGAAUUUUUUCAAUCCCGGUGAUAUUGCAUCUAAAAUUCUGAACAACCUCAAUCUAGCUUCCGGUCUGGGUAUAAAUAUCGUUAUCAUGUGGAUACCCGGACACUCGGGUAUAAUAGGCAAUGAAAUAGCCGAUGAACAUGCCUCAAUUGCCAUCAAUAACAAAGAUACCGUCUUAAUUAAUAAAAUGUCAUUCGACGACGCGAAAAAACUCAUAAAUGAACGUACAAAAUAUAAAUGGCAAAAAAUCUGGAACAUACAAAACACAAAAUUAAAUGAAAUAAAAAGAGACAUACAACGUUGGAUCAAUCCUAACCUCAACCGUAAAGAAGAUACGGUUCUCAAUAGACUCCGUUCUGGACACACCAGAAUUACUCACGGCUUCCUGAUGCCCAAAUAUCCUGCAAAAUAUGUAACAGAGCAGUCUUCUAAAGUAACAUCAGUAUUUUUAUCAAUAUUAACUGAGUCCUCAUCAGAUGAUGAAAAACAGAGAGAUAAAUUAGAAUUAGAUUCUUUAUUUGAAUCUGAAGAUAAUGUUGAAAUGUUAAAAUUUAUUUUAUUUAGUGGUCUAACUGGAUCAAUUAUAACUGGAUUAUCAUCUUAUUGGGUUACCUCACAAUUUGUCCCUUUAGAUGUACAUAAAGAAAAAAUACAAUUACUUCUUAUUGAAGUUCUAAUCGUUCUCGCUGUUGGGUUUUUGUUAUAA